AUGGAGGACCGCGACGAGUGGAGCUUCACACGCUGUCUGCCAGCCCUCACGGAGCUGCUGAGAGACGACGAGUUCGUCAAGGAGUUGCGGAAGAUGAAGAAAGACCAGGAGGCUCUCGAGCGCCGCCUGUGGGCGCGGAUGGAGAAGAUCAAGGCAGAGCAGAUGGCCAAGCGAGCGGCGGACAACCAGAUCGCCAAGAUCACGCGCAAGCCUGUCCCCGCGGAGAAGGUUGCUCAAUGGGAGCGCGAGCUGCAGGCGGCACUGAGCGACCUCUUUGUGCGCCAGGUCCUCCCCUCUUUCGACGGGCUGGAGGCGCGGCAGGCUGCGCGGCUGACGGAGCUCGGCGUGCCCGGCCUCGGGGGCGGGAAGAGGGGCGAGGACGCCAAGGCGCGGCAGGUGCGCGUGCGCCGUAUUAUGGGCGUGCUGGAGGGUGCGCUGGACUAG